AUAUUUUGUGCAUUACAGAUGUCACAACCUGCCCAUCUCCGAGUGAUUCUUUCAGACCACGAUGUCCAGAAACUGGCAUUACCCUCUGGAAUCCCUAAGACAGUUAAUGAACUUCACUCAGCUGUCCAAGCUGCAUUUGGAAUUUCUGAGGAUUUUUGCUUGCAUUACAUGGAUGUUGAUUUUUGUAAUAAUUAUUUCACACUACUUUCAACAUCUGACAUCAAGGAUAAGGACACUAUAAAGGUUGUGUAUAUGUUGGAGACCCCUACAGUGACAUUGGCCUUAUCAAGUGUGGACAGCCCCUUCUCAGUCUUGAAUGAUAGCUUUUCUCCACCUUCUGAUGAUGCCUGCUCAUCUGUCUCUUCCACUGAUACAUUGCCAGUUUCUCCAAGAAUAAUACAAAAAAGCCCAGCGCAACGAUCAAAGGGUUGGCCCUCUGAAUUUCCAAUCCCCCGUUUCUCUGUCAAUACAGAGCUUCUGCUUCAGUUAGGCAAUGAAAAGUUCCAUAAGGAUGGGACCCUUUUCAGCACCAAAGACCUCAUCACAAUACUACCAGAUAUUCUUGGAAGAGUGGCUGAAGGUAUUUAUGAAUACACUGCAUAUCCAUCAAGUGCACAAAUAAGUCAGGUAGCAGAGGCUCUCAUUAACAAACAUCCCUGUCUCAAAGAGCCAGGUUCCUUAAACAGAUGCUAUGGAUGGAUACAACGACUGAAAUACAAGAUGAACAAUUUCAGAUCCAAGCUUAGAGGUUUUAGCUGUCCUGAAAUUGAAGUGAACUCACUCAAGAGGAAAGCAGCACAUGAGCAAGCUCCUGCCAAAAAUGUUAAAAAACCAAAAAAGGCUGAAGUAAAUUAUCUACCACCUUAUCCUCAAGGUGAAACAAGUGGAAGUUUGGAGAAGGAAAGAGUGGACCUCUUACAUGAAGUGAUGAAGAGGGAUAAUUGCGUUGUGGUUGCAGAGAAAAUGGCCAAGACCUUCUCUCUUCGCAGGCAGGAAAUAAUUUAUCAGGCCCCUGCAAUUAAAGACAUCAUUGACCGAUGGCCUGCUUUAUUUGAUGCAACACAGAUAAAUGAAGAAUUCAAAAGAAUAACCACUGUAAGUCUUGAAUCUACAUUUAUGGCCAAACUUGAUGCUUGCACCUCCAAAUUAAUGGAUGUUGUCUCAUCGAGGGGAGGAACUUCAGGAUUGAGGAUAAGGCACAUUAAGAAUCAGCUUCUAGAGAACAAUACAAUUGAAGUACGGAGAGAGGUGGCCAUUCGUUGCCUGGUUGUCUACCUUGGAGAAAAGGAACAGGACCUCUUCAAGGAGUUUAAUAAUAUUGAAGAGUUUGAAGCAAACCUUGACAGGCAAGUAUUGAACAUUGCCAUCAUCAAAGACAAGAAUCCAAACACUGGAACCAUCCUGAUCGAGGGAGCCAAAAUCCUGGAUGGCAUUGAUGUCCCAAGGUGCUGUGCUUUGCUCAUGGGUUUAAUAUACGCUCUGAAUCUGAGCUAUCCCAAGGAUCUAAAAUGUACAUACGAAGUAUUUCAGAAACUGUUCCUUGAACUUGAUGGACUAAAAACCAGUGGGAAAGUAAUGAAUCUCAAGUACAGCAUUUUCUAAGAACACUUUUCUUUCA